AACAAUUGAUUUAGCUGAUCAUAAAGUAAGCUGCCGUACAAAUCCCAAAGAGACACGUUAUGUUAUUUUUUUGCCAUUGCAUGUGUUACAGCCAAAGAGCUGAGACUUUAUUUUUGUCAAUUCUAGAAUGCUCCAAACAUUUUGUUUGUGUUUGACCAAAAAUCAGAUGGCAGGAGUUCAAUAUCAAGUUUUUUUAAAUUUGCAAAUGUAAAAUACAAACAGAAUUAUAUCUUUAUUAUAUAUUUACCAUGAAGGAUGAAAUGGGAAAUAAUUAAUUAUUCCUUGCUUAUAAAACAUUUGUAGACAGGCAGUCAUUGUUCUUCUAGCCACUGGGGACAGCAAGUCCAUACAACUUUACAUUUCAACCAUUUCCAUUAUAGUUGACCGAAGCGAUGGAUACCGGCAGCCUGCGCAUGAGCCCACUUCUAAGCGCACGCACGUUUGGCGCCAAACGUCGUCUUCCUCCUUUUGCACACGUCCCGCUCCCUUCGUCCCGGACUUGGAAAGUCAUAUAGGAGACUUCUGCCAUCUUGAUAUUUAAGCAGAAGAUUUCGUUGGCUGAGUAAAUAUGAGCGAACAGGAAGGUGGAGAAACGCCGGAGUGCAAAGUUGAACACUUGAUGGGCAAAUUAAGAAGGCUGCAACAAGGUAAAAAAGCCCUGGAAGAAGGAAUAGAAAAGAUGAUGUCUGUCAAGGACGUUUUGCAGAACGAGCUGACAACUUUACAAACUGAAGCUUACAAACUGGAAGGAAUCCUUAAAGAAAAGGAAGAGUUGUGCAGGAAGCUGCAGUUUCAGUGUGAGGACGUUGACAGGUAUUUGAAGCAGAACAAGAAAAUCGAGGAACAGCUGGAUAAGUACCGAUGUGAAAUCCAGGAAUUGACGCUUAAACACCGAAAGCAGCGUAUGAAGUUUGAAAACCAACUUUUCCAACUGAUAGAGCAGCACAAGAAUCUGCACUCUCUCUAUACCCCAGAAAGGCUCCCAGAGGAAAUAGCCAGUGCUGAGAAUACAAAAAGUCAGCUGCUGUUAGCUGAACAGAUGAAGUUGGCCCAGCUGCACCGUCUCAACGAGGAGCUCGUCGAGAUGGAGAAACAGAUAUCAGAGUGAGAGUAUUGUUUGGGUAUUUCGUAGAAUCCUACUCCUACAUUUCCUCCACAGUUCGCUUUAAUCUCAGAACCUGAAUCCUCCCAAAUUUUGGCUUUGGGGUUGCAUCAGUUCAGAGGAUGCAGCAUCCCGCUGAACCCGGUUCUGUGAGGCAUUGGAGAAAUCUGCAAUAUUUUCCAUUUUGUGGUAGAUUGUGUUCAAUUGCAGCAGUACCGACCUGUACGCAUAUGUUCCUGUGUUCAUCUUAGUUACAUGUUGUGUAUUUGUUAAAUAAAAGGAAAUAGUACAACCAUUCAAUACAA